CCCUGGUUACCGAUCAGCUGUCUUAAAAUUUCGGCGCCUAAAAAUCAAUCACAGCGAAAGCAACAAUUGUAUUUAACAAAAUGCACAAAAGAUUUCGGAAAUCAGCCGAUCAAACAAUUAUUGGAGAUGGCAGCAGCAGCAGCGACAAUGCUAGUGGAAAUCAUCAAAGGAUCAGAUCACUCGUGCGUAGGAAAUAUGUGCGGCAGAAGCGUACAAAAACGGACGAGUUCGAUAUUUCCGAUACAAGCAGCGAGGAGGACCCUAAUAGUCAAGAUCGUUUGGACCAGGAGAACCGAAAGUGGGCUGCCAAUCUUAAGAGAUACAGCAGCGACCACAAGCCGCAGCCAUUGACACCACAAAAUAAGUUCCAGCCCUUGUCGCUGUCCGUAAGUGUCAAAUCCCCGUCUCCAACAUUACCAACUAAUUCAUUUGAUAUGGCCAACUGUUCCACGAGCAUUCCUGGCGAUGCUCCAGCCAGCUGCCGAGCAGCUUGGCACAGCUUCAGGCAGACACUUACGGCAUUAAAACGGGAUCGUCAGGGCGUGCUUCGGGCAUCGACAAGCAAUCAGGAAGCUAUGAAUGAAUCGCUGCUGGAGUGCACGCUAAACACAUCCAUAGAGGCUAAUCUGGAGACCAUGAUUGACACGCAGCAAAUGCCGAACAGCUGCAGAAAAGUGGCCAAAAAGAAGCAGCGCUGCAUCAAAGGUGGCCAUUUAUAUGAAUUCAAGCGAAUGAUGUUGAGGGAGCGCAUGGAUCGCCGGAGUCUAGCGCACAACCAGCGGCUGGGCAUUAGCUCGGGACAACGCGUGCGUGUGCUGAGCAUAAGCGAAUCCUUUGGCUGUCACAUGGCACGCGUACAGAACGAAGCGGAGGAUAAAGGCAUAUUUAACAUAAUACUCUCGCCCAGCAUGGCGCCGAGCGUGGGCGCCACGCUAGAGCUUUACUUCGACCUGAAGCCGGAGACAGCGCUGCAGCUGCCAAAUAAGGAGCUCGUUUACGUACAGCCAAAUAACAAUGCAGCUAGCGCCGCUUUUUCUUCUCCAGCUUACGUAUUUUGUGCAGACGUCGCGCCACAUUGCCGCUGCCCGGCGCAGGCUCAUCGCUAAGCCGUGCCUCAUCCUCGAUCGUGUCCUGGGAAUCGCUGCCACUCAUCAGAACUGCAGCGGUUAUGCAAACGAACUGAAAUAUGGCGCCA